CCCAGGUAGGCAGGACAGGCUGCGGGAGCCGCUCCUAUGGCAACCCGCGAGCUGCGGUGGCUUCAUGAAUAUUCCGGGGCGCGGGAGCCCAGCGUUGCCGGAGGGCGCUCUGGGGGAGGCGGCCGCUGAUGUAAGCCCGGCGGACUGCUGGGCUCCGCUCGGUUGCGGCGGGAACCCUAGGACAAGCCGUCCGGGCUCGGCCAAAGGAGGCGAGGCAAGCUUGCGAGUGGCUAGCCAGACAGCCCGGACGCCGGGACCGACGGAGAGCCCGCCUGCCCGCGGGACGCACGCCCGCCCGGGAGGCACGCGGUCCGUGUGCUCUGCGCUCCUGUGCGGUUUUCCAGACGCCGGGGCCAAAGCAGCGCUUCUCCCCGCGCCCAUUGUUUCCUGCGGGGGCGGGGCGCCUGGAGCCCGGCCGCGCGCCGCGCCCCUGAACACAGGAGGAAGGAAGGGAGGGAGUGCGGGGUCCCCGCGCCCGGCCCGGUCUGGGAGGAAGCGCCGCUCGGCGAGCCCAGGGACCCGGAGCAGAACCGGGAGCAUCCCCGCGGCACGCAGGCUGCCCUAGUAUGGGCGCCUGAGGCAGCCCGGCGCCAGCGGCGAAGGACGCGUCCGGGGGGCGGACCGACCGGCGGGCGGACCUGGAGCCGAUCCGCGGCGCCGCACCCGCGCCGGUGCCUCCAGCCCGGCGCCCGCUCCUGGCGCCAUGGACAAGCUGCCGCCGUCCAUGCGCAAGCGGCUCUACAGCCUUCCGCAGCAGGUGGGGGCCAAGGCGUGGAUCAUGGACGAGGAAGAGGAUGCCGAGGAGGAGGGGGCUGGGGGCCGCCAGGACCCCAGCCGCAGGAGCAUCCGGCUGCGGCCGCUGCCAUCGCCCUCGCCCUCAGCGGCCGCGGGCAGCACGGAGUCCCGGGGUGCGGCCCUCGGAGCCGCGGACGGCGAGGGGCCAGCCCGUGGGGCGGGCAAGUCCAGCACGAACGGCGACUGCAGGCGCUUCCGCGGGAGUCUGGCCUCGCUGGGCAGCCGGGGCGGCAGCGGGGCGGGUGGUGGCAGCAGUCACGGGCACCUGCAUGACUCCGCGGAGGAGCGGCGGCUCAUUGCUGAGGGCGACGCGUCCCCGGGCGAGGACAGGACGCCCCCAGGCCUGGCCGGCCAGCCCGAGCGCCCCUGCCCCUCGGCGCAGCCUGCAGCUUCUCCGCCGCUGCUCCAGCAGUCGCCGCAGUCGGCCUCUGCCUCCUGCGAGCAGCCCUCGGUGGACACCGCUAUCAAAGUGGAGGGAGGCGCGGCCGCGGGCGACCAGAUCCUCCCCGAGGCCGAGGUGCGCCUGGGCCAGGCCGGCUUCAUGCAGCGCCAGUUCGGGGCCAUGCUCCAGCCCGGGGUCAACAAAUUCUCCCUGCGGAUGUUUGGCAGCCAGAAAGCCGUGGAGCGGGAGCAGGAGAGGGUUAAGUCGGCCGGGUUUUGGAUUAUCCACCCCUACAGCGACUUCAGAUUCUACUGGGACCUGACCAUGCUGCUGCUGAUGGUGGGGAACCUGAUCAUCAUCCCUGUGGGCAUCACCUUCUUCAAGGAUGAGAACACCACACCCUGGAUUGUCUUCAAUGUGGUAUCAGACACAUUCUUCCUCAUCGACUUGGUCCUCAACUUCCGCACAGGGAUCGUGGUGGAAGACAACACAGAGAUCAUCCUGGACCCGCAGCGGAUUAAGAUGAAGUACCUCAAAAGCUGGUUUGUGGUAGAUUUCAUCUCCUCCAUCCCUGUGGACUACAUCUUCCUCAUUGUGGAGACACGCAUCGACUCGGAGGUCUACAAGACAGCUCGGGCCCUGCGCAUCGUCCGCUUUACCAAGAUCCUCAGCCUCUUGCGCCUCCUGCGUCUCUCCCGCCUCAUUCGAUACAUUCACCAGUGGGAAGAAAUCUUCCACAUGACCUAUGACCUGGCCAGCGCCGUGGUGCGCAUCGUAAACCUCAUCGGCAUGAUGCUCCUGCUCUGCCACUGGGAUGGCUGCCUGCAGUUCCUGGUCCCCAUGCUGCAGGACUUCCCCGAUGACUGCUGGGUGUCCAUCAACAACAUGGUGAACAACUCCUGGGGAAAGCAGUAUUCCUACGCCCUGUUCAAGGCCAUGAGCCACAUGCUGUGCAUCGGGUAUGGACGGCAGGCGCCUGUGGGCAUGUCCGACGUCUGGCUCACCAUGCUUAGCAUGAUCGUGGGCGCCACCUGCUACGCCAUGUUCAUCGGCCACGCCACCGCCCUCAUCCAGUCCCUGGACUCCUCCCGACGCCAGUACCAGGAGAAGUACAAGCAGGUGGAGCAGUACAUGUCCUUCCACAAGCUCCCGCCCGACACGCGGCAGCGCAUCCACGACUACUACGAGCACCGCUACCAGGGCAAGAUGUUCGACGAGGACAGCAUCCUGGGCGAGCUCAGCGAGCCGCUGCGGGAGGAAAUCAUCAACUUUAACUGCCGGAAACUGGUGGCCUCCAUGCCACUGUUCGCCAAUGCAGACCCCAACUUCGUGACAUCCAUGCUGACCAAGCUGCGCUUCGAGGUCUUCCAGCCGGGCGACUACAUCAUCCGCGAAGGCACCAUCGGCAAGAAGAUGUACUUCAUCCAGCACGGCGUGGUCAGCGUGCUCACCAAGGGCAACAAGGAGACCAAGUUGGCAGAUGGCUCCUACUUUGGAGAGAUCUGCCUGCUAACGCGGGGCCGGCGCACCGCCAGCGUGAGGGCUGACACCUACUGCCGCCUGUAUUCGCUGAGCGUGGACAACUUCAACGAGGUGCUGGAGGAGUACCCCAUGAUGCGGCGGGCCUUCGAGACAGUGGCGCUGGACCGCCUGGACCGCAUCGGCAAGAAGAACUCCAUCCUCCUCCACAAAGUCCAGCAUGACCUCAACUCAGGUGUCUUCAACUACCAGGAGAAUGAGAUCAUCCAGCAGAUCGUGCAGCACGACCGCGAGAUGGCUCACUGUGCGCACCGCGUGCAGGCUGCGGCCUCCGCCACGCCCACCCCCACGCCCGUCAUCUGGACCCCGCUGAUCCAGGCGCCUCUGCAGGCUGCCGCUGCCACCACGUCCGUGGCCAUAGCCCUCACUCACCACCCACGCCUGCCUGCUGCCAUCUUCCGCCCGCCCCCGGGGCCCGGCCUCGGCAGCCUCGGGGCGGGGCAGACACCCAGGCAUCUGAAGCGGCUGCAGUCUUUGAUCCCUUCUGCACUGGGCUCCGCCUCACCCACCAGCAGCCCGUCCCAGGUGGGCACGCCGUCUUCCUCUUCCUUCCACAUCCAACAGCUGGCCGGAUUCUCUGCCCCUGCUGGACUGAGCCCCCUCCUGCCUUCAUCCAGCUCUUCUCCACCAGCAGGGGGCGGUGGCUCCUCUCCUGCUCCCACGCCCUCCGCCAACACAGCCGCCACCACUACAGCCGGAUUUGGCCACUUCCAUAAAGCACUGGGUGGUUCCCUCUCCUCAUCGGACUCACCCCUGCUCACCCCACUGCAGCCGGGUGCCCACUCCCCACAGGCUAACCAGCCACCACCCCCACUGCCAGGGGCACGGGGAGGCCUGGGACUCCUGGAGCACUUCCUGCCACCCCCACCCUCAUCCAGGUCCCCAUCAUCUAGCCCAGGGCAGCUGGGCCAGCCUCCUGGGGAGCUGUCUCCAGGUCUGGCUGCUGGCCCACUGAGUACACCAGAGACACCUCCACGGCAGCCUGAGCUGCCAUCACUGGCGGGGGCCUCUGGGGGGGCUUCUCCUAUAGCCUUUACCCCCCGAGGAGGUCUCAGCCCCCCUGGCCACAGCCCAGGCCCCCCAAGAACUUUCCCAAGUGCUCCACCCCGGGCCUCUGGCUCCCAUGGUUCCUUGCUCUUGCCACCUGUAUCCAGCCCUCCACCGCCCCAGGUUCCCCAGCGCCGGGGCACGCCGCCCCUCACCCCAGGCCGCCUCACCCAGGACCUCAAGCUCAUCUCAGCCUCUCAGCCGGCCCUGCCCCAGGACGGGGCGCAGACUCUCCGCAGAGCCUCCCCACACUCUUCUGGGGAGUCUGUGGCUGCCUUCCCACUCUUCCCCAGAGCUGGGGUUUGCAGUGGGAGCAGCAGCGGCCUCAGCAUCCCCGGGAGGCCCUUUGGUGCCACCCCUGGCCAGCAUGUCACUCUGCCUCGGAAGACAUCCUCAGGUUCUUUGCCACCCCCUCUUUCUUUGUUUGGGGCAAGAGCCGCCUCUUCUGGGGGGCCCCCUCCGACCGCUGCUGCCCAGAGGGAACCUGGGGCCAGGUCCGAGCCAGUGCGAUCCAAACUGCCAUCCAACCUGUAACCUGGGCCCCUCCCUCUCCUCUCUCUCCUCUUCCUUCAGGUUUAACUGUGAUUUAGGAGAUAUACCAAUAACAAUAAUAAUCAUCAUUUUAAAAAACUCACACCAGAAAAACAAAAGACAGCAGAAAAUAACCAGGUAUUCUUAGAGCUAUAGAUUUUUGGUCACUUGCUUUUAUAGACUAUUUUAAUACUUAGCACUAGAGGGAGGGGGUGGAGCAGGAAAGGCCCAAAUGCAGAAGCCAGAGGAAGGCUGGGGGAGUGGCUGGAGCUUGGCAGAGGUGGGGGCGACCCUGUUUGGGGUUCCUAGAGCAGAUCUGUCAUUGUAUUUGUUUUAGGGCACCAGCCACCACCAGCCCCUUAGCUGUGAACUUGGUGCCUCUCUUUGCUUGGGGUCGUCUUGUUCCCUGGAAAAGGGGCUGUCCUGGGGUGCGUUCCUGGGGAGCCUCGGUCACCUGAGUCUUUGGAACACAAUGGGGCCAGGGUCCUGAGAAUCUUGCAUUUUUUUACUGCAAACUUAGCAAGAUAUGUAUAUGUAUAUGUAUGUAAUAUGUGUAUAUGUAUAAGCUAUGUAGCGCUCUAUAGAGCCAUGUAGAUAGCCGCACACAUGUGUGCACACAUGUGUGCAGUCUAGUUUAAUCCCAUGUUGCCAGGACACCCAGGUCACCUUACAUCUGCAGCCCACCGCCCUCCGUGGCCUACAGGCUGAGCACUGCAGGGUCCGAGGGAGGCAUUCUUUCCAGUCCUCAGGGAAGAUGACUCUGAGACCUCUCAGUGGGCCCCCCAUCUCCCCGUGUCUGGUCUCAUAUCCAGUCCUAGCCUGACCUCACCGCCCCGGAAGUGGAGGACUCAGCUGUGCUUCUCCUGCAGGUCCUCAAGGACAUCCUGUCCCCUCUGUCCCCCCGUUUCCCCACCUGUGUGGUGGGAGGCAAGGGGGCUUCUGCUCGAGUCCGCUCUGCGCCAGGCGCCAGCUCAGCCCUUGCCACACACGCACCACUUCAGUCUCACAAAACCCAUGAGGCAGGCCCUUCGAUUCUCCCCAGUUCACAGAUGAGGAAAUUUGAGGUUGGGUAAUUUUUCCAGAAUCAUGUAACUAGAAGUGGCAGAGCUGGGACCGAUCUGAGAUUCGAAUUCAUGCUUGCCUAAGGCCGACACUUAGAUUCUUUCCAUUAAGAACUUUUGAGAGGGGCUGUUAAGCAGUCUUCAAGCAUGGUGUAGAGGGAAGAGACCACAUUUUGGAGGCAACCAGACCUGGUUCGAAUCCCUGCCCUGCCUUAGCUGUGUGAUCUUGAGCAAGUUACAUGACCUUUCUGAGUCUGUUACCUCAUAUGGGGACGCCUCACAAGGAUGUGUGAG